AUGCGCGUAUUUCCCGAUCCCAUCCUCCGUCAACGGGCCCGCAAGGUAACCCAGUUUGACGCCAAACUGGCAAAGCUCGCCGUUGAUAUGGAGGAGACCAUGAACGCCCACCACGGCGUUGGCUUGGCCGCCAAUCAGGUUGGCGUGUUGCAGCGCAUGUUCGUCGUGAAGAUGGAGGAUUGGGAGGAAGCCCUGGUUCUGAUUAACCCGGAGAUCAUGCGCCGCGAAGGUCUGCGCGAGGUCGAGGAGGGUUGUCUCAGCUUGCCCGGCUAUCGCGGCAUGGUAAACCGCGCCGAGCGCAUCCGCGUGCGUUACCAGGACAUCACCGGCAAACAGCAGCGCCUCAAGGCCGAGUGCAUGCUUGCGCAGGCCGUCGAACACGAGACCGAUCACCUGAACGGCAUCCUGUACAUUGACCACCUCAUCGCUCACGAUCAAUUUUUCCGGAUCCAUGUCGAUGAAGACGGAGAUGUCGAAUACCUCCCCACCGGGGAACCCGACGCCGCAGAGCUGGAAGCCGCCGCCCGCCGUAUGAAUAGCCGCAACCUUGUCCCCCAGUUCGAUCCCAGCAACGGCCGGCCGGCCACCCGCCAGGCCGACGACGCCACCGUCGCCGAUUAG